CAACAACAGCAGCCGCGGAAAUAAACAAAAUAUUAAAAAAUAAAUUCAUUUCCUAGUGCUAAAUUACUUGUUGUUAGCUGGAGUAGUAGUAUACCUUGCCCGAAAUGGUUUACAUACACUUCCCCAGCAAUUUAACAGAAGAGGAGCAAAUGCUCCAGGCCAAGUACCAAAAACUGAAGAAGAAGAAAAAGGCCCUGCAGGCGCACAAGGCGCCCAAGCCGGAGCCGGAGAGCUCCCUGACCCUGAAGCGUCCCACGGAUGCGCGGGAUGCCCGCGAGGUUGCCAGGAAACUGAUCAAAAGCGGAGCCAUUCCCGCCAUCCAGAAGCAGACCAAACAGGAUCAGACCUCCUUUAAACGGCCCAAGGGCCAGGAGAGGGCCAAGCGAUCGACCUCGGAGACCAGUGUCGCCUCCUACCAACCCUUCUCGUCCACCCAGAACGACGUGGCCCAGGAGACGAUCAUCAGCGAGAUCAUCAAGGAGGAGCCGCGACGCCAGAAUCUCUAUCAGCACUUUGCCACCGAGCGGGAUCGCGAGGAGCGUGGCAUGCCCGAAAAGGUGCCCAUGGACACGGCCCAGCCGGAGAAACCUCGGGCCGGAAACACUAUCUUCGUGUCCGGCAACAAGGUCACCGAGGAUUUCCUAAAGAAGACCUUCAACGACUACGGCACUAUUGUCAACGUUUCCAUGGAGAUUGAAAAGAGUCGCGGCUUUGUAUCUUUCGCCAAGCCCGAGUCCGCAGAUCGGGCAAUUGCGGAAAUGCAUGGCAAGAAUGUGAAUGGCAUCAAUUUGCAGGUGCAGCUGGCUAGACGUCAACCCCAAAUUGAGCCGAUCAACGACGCCUCUUCGUCCGCAGUGUGGUCCUCCAUUGCUGCCAGCAAGUCCCAAAAGGGCAGCCACAAGGACCACCGCGAGAUGGUCCAAUACGAUGAGGAUUUCUUGUUGUAAAGAUCCCAUAUCUUGAAUACUUAGUUUAUAUAUUUAGCUAUCCUCUUACACAUUGGCAAUGAAAGACAUUUCCAAUUAUUUUAUAUCAUUUUGCUUUAUUGAAAAUACGCUUCUAUAUAUUUAUGUAUAUAUGUUCACUUUCUGGCUAAGUACUCGCAUUUCAAAUUAUAACGUUCAAAUGAAUUCAAUGAAAAAGAGUGUAUGUUUUGUAUAUUAAUUCCUACAUUUUGAUCUAAAUUAAACAACAAUUUGUUCAACAA